AUGGAGCGCGGCAGCGGCUCCGGGACCAAUCGCGGUGUCUUAGGCAUGUUUGGAGCGGCCGCGGGUGCUGAGGGCGUACCAUCUUGGAUGUCGCAUGGAACAGACUCGUCACUUGCAUCCAGCAGCGUAGCGGCUGAAUCGGGACGUGCGCUGGACCUUGUUUUUAUUAUCGAUGCAACAGGAUCUAUGGGAUCAUAUAUCAAUGUACGCAAAGGAGACUGCUAA